GGACAAAUAAAAAAAAAUCGUUUCUGUUUUGGCGAAAAGUUGGAAUGUUUUGCCUCUAUUUAUUAAAUUAAUAAAUCAUGUCUUAUUUCGAAUAUUUUUGUGCAAAUAUAGAGAGAAAAAACUCUGAUGAAAUCAAAGGGACAUGCAAUUCGAUGUGCCCUCAGGACGAGGUUACAAUGCGGGAAAAAGAGAGGUUAGUUCACGUCUUGGAGGUGUUAGGGCCGAAAAGAAUGUUGGUAAAGACGUACAGGCGGUCCGCCGCAGACUCUAACAUGGCCCUGCCGCGGAACCUGCGCCCCUACCCCGUGCUCCGAGACACUGUACACUAUUUGUUACUAGAUGUGACAAAGCGGACAGAUGUAUCAACAGCAUGUGUGUAUGACUUCCUAAAUGACCGGCUACGAGCCGUGCGACAGGACAUGACAAUACAGAGGCUGUGCCCAGAGAACUGUGCCAGUUUAUUGGAACCCAUGAUCAGAUUCUAUGUGUACUAUGGUUAUAGAUUAUGUGAGCUCCCGAUAAAAGAUUAUGAUCCAGUGCUUAAUAAAAAGUACCUAUUAGAGUGUAUGAAAUGGUUCUUGACUUGUAAAAAAAAUGAGAAGAUGGAAAUAUCAAGUUUGUUUUCAAACAUGAAUAUAACCUACAAGCUAAAAUGUGACCGGGUGCUCAUUGAAAGUCUGUAUCUGUUGUGUAACCUGGAUGAUUUACACCCAUUAUAUAGAUAUUUAACUUUACCAAAGGAUUUAAAAAGCCAUCCACAACUGAAGCUAGCAUAUAGUAUAGCAGUAGCAAAUCUAAAAGGGAACUUUGUACAAGUGUGCAAACUGAUGGACAGGCUCUGUCCACUCACAUUCUGUGCAUUGUGUAUAUAUUUACCAGUUUUGCAAAGAAAAGCCCUGCUGGUCCUAAGCCACGCAUACAGUAGCAAGAGCCUGUCAGUGCCGGCGGCGGCGCUGCGGCGGUGGCUGCGGUACAACAGCGACGGUGACGCGAUGGAUGCGUGUGCGCACUACGGGGUCGCAGUGCAGGCCAGCGGCGGCGUCGUCAGGUUCGGCAAGGAGUUUAAACAUGAUGUGGCUACUCUACAACCAAUGAAACUACUCAACUUAGAUAAGGAUGUUGAUUUGAGUGUUGAUAAUGUUUUCACUUAUACCGUCAGUUAUUGAAAUUAGAAUGUCGAUUAUGUAAAAAUAAAUAUAAUAAUGGUGCUGAUUUGACCUGUCAUUUUGUUAUCCUCCGAAAAAGAAAGGGACAGGUAAUCGACAGGCAUAAAAUUCAUGGAACACGUCAAUUGUAGUCGUCGUUUAUGUGUCUGUCUCCGCCUUGGGCAUGUGCCUGUAU